CAUACAUAAACCAUGGAUAUGCUGGGUAGAAUACUUUACUGGUGAGGAGUGCAUAGAGCAAGGAUGAGAGAGAAAGAUGUGCACCCUUAAAGGAAGCUCUCCCACUUCCCACCACCACAGGAAACACCCAUCAAGUAUCUGAAUGGCCCUUGAGUUCAGGAGAUAAUGAUGGAGACUUGUCUUCUGUGGGAAGCCCUUAUUAAACUCAUUUCCUUCCUGAAUUCAAAAACCACUUAUUGCAUUUGCUCCAUUGGUGCCAGUUAAGAAGCUUCAGUGAGAAGAACAUAGCCUCUAUUUAAACAAAAAACAAAAAAAGCUACAAGCAAAACAGCUACAAUAAUCUCAAUGAUCAAAGGGCUAAUCAUGUUGUUGUUCUUAAACACAACCCAAGCUUGGAUCUGCAUGCUUUGUCCUUGCAAGACUCUUGAUUCCUGGGGUUGGGCAGCAAACUGCAAUUUGAUGGAACUCCAGGAGAUGCCCCUCCUGAAUUCGAGCAUCAAAAUUCUUCAUCUGCAAAACAACAAUUUGACCACUGUUCCUCUUGGUGCUUUGGACAGCUUGACCAACUUGGAGGAAAUUAAUUUUUCCAACAACCCUUGGCACUGUGACUGCUCUAUUUUAUAUCUCAAGGAGUGGCUGGCAGACUUCAAUAAAAGUUCUCUUGCAAAGGCUACCUGUAAAACUCCAGCUUCUCUAAAUAUGAAAGCCUUGAGCCAGCUGAAAGGGAAUGAACUGGAGGGAUGUAGGAAACCCCUGCCAAUCAGUUGCCGUGAUUUUUUUUUGAGGGACUUUGGUCUAAUUAUUUUGGCAAUCGUUGUCUUAAUUUUAGCAGCAUGUGUUUUGCAACGUUCAAAACGGUUAGUUUUCCAAGCCAGCAGAAAGCAGCAUUCUUCUGAAGUCCCACUGCUACGGUUCCAUGACCUGGAAAAUCAGAAGUCCAAAUGAAAUGCUGCCGUGGGCAAUAAAAUGUUGUAAGAAUAAAACCACCUAUGUAAUAUUGUAUUUUUGUGAACUGAAAGUAUCUAUACUCACAAUUAAAGGCCUCUUUUGGUGAAGAUAUCACACUUUCUCAAGCACACACAUUUCCAUGUGUAUAUGUCAAUAAUCACAAUAUCAUUGAUAUUAAGCCAAUAAUUCUGACGGCUGUAUAAGUUGUUUUGCUAUGUAAUUAUACUCUACUUAUUAAUGCUCUGAUAUGCAUAACUGAAAUGUGUUUCCAUGCAUCACAGGUUCUGUUGCUAUGGCACUCAGUCAUUCAGCCAUAUAAUCAUUCACAAAGAGAAUAAAUAAUCCUGAUCUUACGCAAACUUUGUUCAGUGUGGUAGUAAAGCAUAUUCUUACAUAUAAAAAAAUGGAGUUACUCACAUAUUCACUGAAUACCAGGACAGAGAAUUUAGAGCUUUCAUCUUUUACAAUUCCAUCUGAAAAAAAUAAUUUGAAUUCUAUAAAUUAUGGUUUUGCUAGCAAAAAUAUUUUAUGGACAGAAUAUUUAGGAUUGGAAAAUAGUUUAUUUUUGCAGCAUUGCAAUCUCUCUCCAUUUAGAAACUAGAAGUUAUCAAUCCAUUUACUGAAGGGAUUAUUAAUUUUUUUAAAAUAUGGACAUUUAAUUAUUCAGCAAUUUGAUGAGUAAGUUUGGUAGCUGUGUCACAAAUUCAUCCAUAUUUCCUUCACAGAGUUCUACUUGGGCUUUUUGCCAAGCUCUGUUUCAGAUGACUCUUUUAAUGAGAAAUUGCACUAACAAUAUACUGUACCAUCUACAGUAUAUUGGGAGUCGGGGUGGUGUUUACAAUGGUUUCCAUUUAUGAUCUUUCUGUAUUUUCCCAUUAUUUGUUUUCCCAAUAUGUAUUUAUUAUUUAUCUUCUUGCUUGC